UGACUCCACCAUGCCGGUGACGUCACGCGUGUGCUUCGUGAGGUUUAACGAGCAGGAGUCGGUCGGCGUUUCCCAGCACCUCACAAACACGGUCUUUGUGGACAGGGCUCUUAUAGUUGUGCCCUACGCAGAAGGUUGGUACCUCCCGGGAUUCGCCCUCACGUCAGUCACGGGUUUCCUUUGGCAGACUGAUGUACAGACACUCGGUUCUCUUCCACCGGUCGAUUGUGAAAUCCUCCCAUAACUGUUUAAAACAGAUCCAACAGAUCUCUCACCACUAAUUUAUACGGUGAUGAAACCGAGUGCACGUUUCCUCCUCACAGCUGAUUAACAGAAGCUUGCACACUGACUCAUGCUCCAGAAAUACUCUUAUACUUUAAUAUGAUCAAAGCAGAUCUCUCUCUCUCUGUCUCCUGGUGAUGCCUGAUGUGCAUCAAGACUGUGAGUUGUGGGAUUAAUCGCUACAGCUAGGCUUGGGAGCUGACUCGUGGGGAAGAAAGUGGGCGUGGCCAGAAAUGCGUAAUGCCUGUUGUGUGCACGUCGUGCCAUUACAGCAAAAAGUAGCUACCAGUCGCUAGCGUUAAGGUUCGUACAGGACUCGACAAAAUGGGCUAAAAGGAAUCGCUUACAUCACGAGAUGCAGCAGUUUAUUUUUGUGAUCUUAAACUAAAGCAGACAUCACAUUUUUACGAACAAACGUUUAAAUCUUCGAACUCAACAAACUCCAUCGGUCUGUCUGUGAUUCCUGAUGCUAUCGUCUGAAGCCUAGUUACAGCAGAUCCUUGGCCUGCACAAUUAAGACUUUUCCUUCCUUAAUUUGCUUAAAGGUGCAGUUUGUAAUGUUAAAAAGCAUUUCUAGUUCUGCAAUUAUGUAACUUAUUACACUAUACCAUCAAUAAUAGAAUGAUUUGAGACAUUUCUCUGUGACAGAUCUUGCUAGUUUGCAUUUAUGAUUAGCUCUAUGAUUUAUUUAUUUAUUUAUUUAUUUAUUUUCUUGCCCGCUCAAUCAAUGAACCACACCCUCUUUUCCUUACUAGGCAACUUGUGAAACAUGCGUAUGCUUCAUUCGACUCGGUCGCAGCUUGUAAUUCCCCGUCUCCUAUCAGGAAACCUCCAAAGAAAAUGCCCCCUCAACUUGAAAUUGCAAGUGUUCUCAUCUGUCCUUCCCCGUUUAUGGAGUGACGGCAAAUCAACAUGGCUGCUCACAGCAUCCUUACCUUUAAAUGAGUUAUACUGUAUGUAUGUAAUAUAUAUAUAAAAUGUGUGUUUGAUUUCCAUCAAUCAUCACAGAGACUUUGUAUGUGGAAUGCAUCGAGGCUGGAAAUAACCUGUGAAUUACACGUUACGAGGCGAGUCGAAUGCAGCAUUAGUUUCACAGACGGGAGUGGGGUCUGUAUGGAGGCGCUUGUCACGGGGCUGUAAAAAUCACAGACUGCUCCUUUAAUCUGUCGUCCAAUAUUCAAAGGAAAAUACUAAACUGUGCACUGCCAUGUAUUGGGAUGGGAGUUAACUAGAAUGUUUUUCACUUUAUUCGAUAAAGAAAAAGUAGCGAGAAAGCAGUGUUUCUUGGGUAAUAAUAGCAGAUUCACAGUGUAAAUACUGAGGAGCAUAUUUCAGUGUUCAGGACUUACACUUUCUUAAACUUUGCUCUCAGAUCAGCAAAACAGUCUCCAGUUUUAUUUCACUAAAGACGGAGGGAAGAGACGUACGCACUCCUCUGAACACUGCCGUGCAUUUAGUGGUAAAUAGGACCUUAGUGGGUCUUUCACGUAUCUGGAUGUGGUAUCUUUAUCGCUCUGUCACACACAGAUGAACAUGUGUAACGGUUAUUAAAGUUAUCAGUGCAUCAGCAGUCUACUCCGGGAUCUUGGACUUGCCUAGACUGAGACUAGCGGCACAUGUAAGGAAGAAAAAAAAAAAAAAAAAAAAAAAAGGUACAAGGGGACGAAAUGGACAAACGCGUUCAUAUUCAUUAUCCUGCUCAUGUUUUUUCGUCCCCCUCCCCACCACCACCACCACCAGUUCAUCAUUUUAGACUGUCUCCUAUUAAAAAUGUUCUCUUGUUUGUUUGUGUGUGUGGUUUUUGUAGUGGAGAAGGCAAACGCAGAGCCCCCUCCCUGAAGGCUGAAAGUGGUCCUCUCCCUGCCAACAGGCGACUGUAGGCAAUUACAAAACGCCAGCCGCCACACCUCCCCCCCCCUUUUCUUCUUGUUUGUUUCUCUCUUCCUUCUUUCUGUAUUAUUCUCUCUCUCUCUCUCUUUCACUUUCUCUCCCUCUCUCUCUCUCCUAGGUAUAUAAUAUGUUAAUUGUGCGUAGUUUGCCAACAUGCCACUAUGCAUAGUUCUCCACAUAAAACAUUGUGGUUCUGUCAAACAUUUCCUUUUUUUUUUUUUUUUUUUUUUUUAAAACCACUGAAGUGACUCCAUAUGGAUUGAUCCAGACAUUGUACAUAUGAAAUAUUAAGCUGUAUUUUUUUUUUUUUUUUUUUUUUCCAUCUUUCAUAUCAGAUAUACACAUUAUGGUAGGAUUGGGUUCCCUCAGGAAAGAGAUUAGCCUAAAUAAAUCAUACCAUUUUCACAUUAGCUAUGUGGUUUGUGAUUUACUAGGUGGACUCCACAUGAUGUGUUAGACGGGUGUGAUUUUCUUUCCUCUCUUUAACAGUGGUCUCUUGUUUUUGUUGUUGUGUUUUACAGUUCUUUUUCCUGGCUCUGCCAGUCCUGUUUACCAGGCCGUGCCCGAAAAUGAAAAUCGAAAAUACAGCCCUACAGUUUUGUCUCCUGCAGCAAUCUUUUCUAAUGUGCUUGUUCAUUAUUAUUUUUUUUGUUUGUUUUGUUUUGUUUUUUUGUUUUAAAUGUGUUCUCUUGUCAAGAUUUUUCUCUACAAGUUCUUCCAUGUAUAAUGACACAAUUGUGAAAUAUCAUCCCCCGCACACACAAAAUAUUUCAGGCUUUUGUUGGGACUGAAGUUUGUAGAUGUCUUUAAGCUUUUGCGUGUGUUGUUGAUGUAAGAGCACGUGUUCGCAUGUGUGCUGUGGUUAGGCUAGCGUUCCUGUGAGACACCAGGUAAGGACAGUCUCCAGCAAAAGCCCAGAGUUUAAAAACGUGACGUGCAAUUGAAUGUGUAGUCGUAACUCUCUCUUUAUUUCUUGUCAGUUAUUUAGUAAAAAAUACUUUGAAGCAUUAUUUACUGUUCAUCGCCACAAUCUCUGAAAGUGUUUUUGUGUUGUGUAUCUCGAUCUUUCUCUGUGUGCUUUUAGCGAAGCUGCCAACGUGAGUCGAUUGUUCAUAAAACGUCUAUAUGAAAAGUUGAAAGCACAUCACCCGGAGAAGCCACUGUGCUCGCUCACGUUUGGUUCAUGACUUAAAUAACACGCGUCCAGGUGUGAUCCCGGAUGAGUCGAAAGCUUUGUCGCUGAUGGCGCCUGCGAACGCCGUCGCUGGGCUUCUUCCAGGAGGAGGACUGCUGCCGACACCCAACCCUCUUGCAUCGAUGGGAGGUGGUGUUCUGGGUGCUCUCGGUGGUCCCGCCAUGUUACCUGGAGCUGGCAUGAACCCCCAGGCUCUCUCUGCUGAUCAGAUUCUGAAGCUGAUGACGUCAGUGGAUCCAAAGAUGAACCCGAUGGCAGCGAGCAUGGGUCUAAAGGCAGACGCUUCCAACAAGGAAAUCGAGGAAGCCAUGAAGAGAGUCCGAGAGGCGCAGUCCCUCAUCUCGGCUGCCAUUGAGCCCAGUAGUAAAAAAGACAGCAAGCGCAAGCAUUCCCGCUCCAGAUCCAGGUCUAGAUCCAGACGCAGGAGAUCUCGCUCUCGCUCCCGACACAGGAGGUCGAGCAGCAGGUCCAGAAGACGCUCCCGGUCCCGGAGUCGCAGACGUUCCCGAAGCCCCAGGAGGAGGAGAUCUCGCUCCAGAGACCGCGGCCGACGCUCCACCAGCAAAUCCAGGGAUAGAAAGAAAGAGGAUAAAGACAAGAAACGCUCUAAAACACCUCCAAAGAGCUACAGCACCGCCAGGAGAUCUAGAAGCACGAGCCGGAGACGAAGAAGGAGUGUUAGCCGAUCUCCACGAAGAUCUCCCAAGAGAAGAGGAUCCAGGACACCAUCACCAAGAAGACACAAGAAGGAGAAGAAGAGAGAUCGGGAAAGAGAGAAGGACCGAGAGCGCGACCGGGACAGGAGAGCUGAGAGAGAGCGCAGUCGUGACGAGUCUGACCGCUCCUCCAACAAGAAGAAAAAGAGUAAAGAUAAGGAGAGAGAGCGGACGUCCGAUAGUGAGAAACGAGAUGUGAAGAUAAACAGCCAGGAUUUCAGAGACGGCAGUAAGCAGCCAGUGACGCGAGCUGAGAAUGUGACGCGAGACUACGACGAGGAGGAGCAGGGCUACGACAGCGAGAAGGAGCGCGAGGCGAAGGAUUCUGACGAUUCAGGCUCGUCUCCCGCACGCUACGAGGACGAGGGAGACAGCGCCAAGCACACCCCGAAACAGGCCAAGCAGAACGGAGACGACCACCACGAAGAACAGGACAUGGAAGUGAGCGACUGAGACCUGCGUCCAGACCGACUGAACUUUGAAUGAGGAGUAUCGUGAUUUGAUUUGCCCUCGCGGCUGUGUCUCUUCUUUAAUAACCUCAGAAUUUAACGUUACUGUUUCUCAUCCUUGCCCCUCUGAUCGUUUAGACCUGACCGAUUUGGGUUAAAUAACACAAGAAAGUAGCCUGUGUUUUCUUUCCAUCUUCUGAUCGCAUGUAAUUUGUCCCGUUUUGGCCUUAAAAAGGGAAGAAUUGUUAAUUUAUCAGUGUUCAUCUCAAGUCUCCUCUACAUUGCUUUCCUUUUCUUCCUCAGUAAAUGAUAGAUAGGUUUUUUUUUUUUUUUUUUUUUCUUGGGUCAUCACUCUCAACACUGCAUCUACCAGGACAUGCUGUUUAGUGUCCACAGAUCUCUUGUUUUUGUGUUGGAGAAAGUUUUUGCCCCCGUUGCAUUCAUCUGUUUUGAUACCGAUUUGGCGUAAAUGUCAUUUUAAAUAGAACGAGUUCAUGAGACAUGUACAUGAUUUAGUGCUUUAUAUUCCUAGGCUUCAUAUUCAGUAGGUGGCCAUCCUGGACUUGGAAUUUUUUAUACUGUAAAUAAACUCACUUGAGUUGAA